AUGAAAACCAUAUAUUUUCUUCUCAUCAUCAUUUCUACACCUACUUUAUUCUCCGGCGUCUUUUCGAGGCCUUCGCCGGACGAUUUAUCUAACGAUCACCUGAUUUCGGACGGAAUUCAAUUUAGGCCGGAAAACGAGUUUUUGAACCGGCCAGUUAUAAAAUCGGAAGAGACUCAGAAAAUAGAAUGCGAGCAAAUGUAUGGAUUUUUGCCAUGCUCGGGGACGAUAACUGGCCAUUUGUUUCUGAUUGUCGUGUAUCAAUAUCUUCUUUUCCAUGCCGAGUCCUACGUGGACUCGGGGGGCAAAAGGGUCUUUAAGAUACUUGGGCCGGGUAUUUUUGGUGCGAGUGCUUUUCAGGUCAUUGGAUCUCUUCCUGAAGCUUUGAUUCUUCUUGGUAAGCCUUUUGCUAAGUCUUCUCAAAAUGCGGACCUUUCUAUGGUUUUGGCAUCCGGGCUGUCGAGCAACGAUGAAACUGCUCAAGAAUGCGUUUUAACUGGCGUGGGGCUGCUAGCCGGGUCUUCAAUCUUGCUCCUAACCUUAAUAUGGGGAACAUGUUGCUUCGAGCCUUCGAUUCAAAAGCGUCGUUUAAUGUACAUAAAACACGAGCAUUUGGUCGUUGAUGUGCUUAACCAUAUUCAGAGUCAGACUACCGGUAAACUACUGACCAAAAACGGGUCGCCAAAUGUAUCGACUAUAAAACGGCUAUUUGAAGAGAAAGAUCGAGAUGGAGAUAACACUAUAUCGUUCUCCGAGCUUAAAGAUUUCUUACAAGAAAUCAAAAGUCAAACACUUCAAUCUAACAACAACGAUAAUACGACUGCAGAGAUUAUGAAAGAAUUCGAUAUCGAUAACGAUGAUAAAAUAACCAUGGAUGAAUUUGUGAGUGGGAUGAGCAAAUGGCUUGAUGAUACUAAGAAUACCAUUAAUAAAAAGUAUCACUCAGUUAAAUCACUCAAAGGCUUGUACCAGAUUCUUAAGCCGUGGGUACAAAAGAAGAGAGAAGAACGCGAGAUGAUGAAGCAUUUGAUUCCGGACAUUUUAGAACACAUUCAGAACUCGGUUUAUGGGAGCCUCUUGGCAGAGGAUGGCACUCCAAAUGUUCCUGCUAUAAAAAGAUUGUUCAAAGACAUUGAUCUCGACAAAAAUGAGUACAUAUCCAAUUCCGAGUUGAAAGAACUUAUAAAUAACAUCACGUUAGGCAUAAUCCCCUACGAUUCGGACAUGGCUGCAUCGAAAUUGAUGGAAGAACUCGAUAUAAGUGGAGAUAAAUUGAUCGAUGAAGAUGAGUUCGUUAAGGGAUUUUCGAAAUGGCUAAACGCAACUUCCUACAAAGAACACUCGGAGGAAAAUGAAGAAGAAGAGAAUUACGAGAGAACAUGGGAACAAACAGAUAAGCUGCUAGAGGACAAAUUUGUCGAUAAAUCGUCAUUAGCUUGGAGUAAAGCCAUAGCCCUUAUAUUGCUAGGCCUUGUUAUGCUCGGUGUUCUAGCCGAGCCUCUCAUACAAAGUGUUCGAAAUUUUUCUUUAGAAGCAAAUGUGCCUUCUUUUUACGUCUCGUUUAUUUUCAUACCUUUGGCAACGAAUGCUCGUAUAGCAGUAUCGACGAUCAAAGAGUCCCGGCAAAAGAAGCUGCAAAUCACUUCCUUAACAAUGUCUGAGAUAUAUGGGACUGUGUUCAUGAACAACAUCCUGGGAUUAGCCGUUCUUUUGUCGUUGAUCUAUUUUCGUGACUUGGCGUGGAGAUUCUCGGCCGAGGUCUUGAUUGUGUUGAUAGUUUCAGCCAUUGUUGGGAGCUUUGCAAGUUUCAACACUGUUUAUCCUGUUUGGACAUCAGUUUUGGCCUAUUUACUCUACCCACUGUCAUUAAUCUUGGUCUAUGUUCUUGGUGAUUUUAGCAUGUUCCCUUAAUUAGCAGCUAAGAGGGCAUUAGAAAAUUAAAAUAGAAUGUGUAAUGGUUUGGUGUAGCUUGAAUUAAAAAAAUUAGUUCAUUUUUUUUUGUUCCUUGGUUUGAUGUAGUUCAUGUGAUGUUUGGAGAAUUUGAUGUGUAUGGAUCUUGAGCAAAUAGAGAUUCAAAUUCAAUGUUAAAU